UCACCGCCGUAAGGUGACGUCAUCACGAGACCCGACCUUGAGGGAGACGCCCCGUGCGGAGAGCGCGACCCAGAGAGCGGCAGAGAGACCCCCACAGCCCCAGAGAUCCCCUCGGCAGAGACCCCAGUGGAGACGCCAGAGACUCCAGUGGAGACGUCAGAGAUCCCCUCGGCAAGACCCCAGCGGAGAGACCCCAGCGGAGAGAUCCCAGCGGAGAAACCCCAGCGGAGAGACCCCAGCGGAGAAACCCCAGCGGAGAGACCCCAGCGAAGAGACCCCAGUGAAGAGCUGAAGAUGGAUUCCGCAGGAGUGAAGAUCCUGGAGACGGCGGAGGACAUUCAGGAGCGACGACAGCAGGUGCUCGACAGAUACCACCGCUUCAAGGAGCUGUCGAGCCUGCGGCGGCACAAGUUGGAGGAUUCGCGCCGCUUCCAGUUCUUCCGUCGCGAUGCCGACGAGUUGGAGAAGUGGAUCCAGGAGAAGCUGCAGGUGGCCUCCGACGACAGCUACAAGGACCCCACCAACCUGCAGGGUAAGAUCCAGAAGCACCAGGCGUUUGAGGCCGAGGUGCAAGCCAACGCGGGCGCCAUCGUGCGCCUGGACGAGAUGGGCAACGGCAUGAUCUCCGAGAGCCACUUCGCCUCCGACACCAUCCGGGCCCGUCUGGAGGAGCUGCGCCGCCUGUGGGAGCUGCUGCUGCUGCGCAUGCAGGAGAAGGGCGUGAAGCUGCUGCAGGCGCAGAAGCUGCUGCACUAUCUGCGCGAGUGCCACGAGGUCAUGGACUGGAUCAACGACAAGGAGGCGAUCGUGAUGUCGGAGGAGCUGGGCCAGGACCUGGAGCACGUGGAGGUCCUGCAGAAGAAGUUUGAGGAGUUCCAGACGGACCUCGGAGCCCACGAGGAGCGAGUCAACGACGUCGACGGCCUCGCCAACAAACUCCUCGAGGAGUCGCACCCCGAGCAGCAGCAGAUCGGCAAGCGUCAGGAGGAGCUGACGGCCGCGUGGCUCCGCCUCAAGUCGCUCGCCCUGCAGCGCCAGGAGAAGCUCUUCGGCUCCGCGGAGAUCCCGCGCUUCAACAGGGAUGUGGACGAAGCGAUCGGCUGGAUCAAGGAGAAGGAGCAGCUGAUGUCGUCCAACGAUUUUGGCCGCGACCUUGCCGGCGUGCAGGCGCUGCUGCGCAAGCACGAGGGGCUGGAGCGUGAGCUCGCCGCGCUCGAGGACAAGGUGGGGACGCUGUGCGCGGAGGCGGAGCGUCUGCAGAAGAGCCACGCGGCCAGCGCCCCGCAGAUCCAGGUGAAGCGCGAGGAGCUCAUCGAGAACUGGGAGUGCAUCCGCAACACGGCCAUCGACCGGCACACGCGCCUCGAGGACUCGUACAAGCUGCAGCGCUUCCUGGCGGACUUCCGCGACCUCACCAGCUGGGUGACGGAGAUGAAGGCGCUGAUCGGCGCCGACGAGCUGGCCAACGAGGUGGCGGGAGCCGAGGCCCUGCUGGACCGCCACCAGGAGCACAAGGGGGAGAUCGACGCCCACGAGGACAGCUUCAAGUCGGCCGACGCGGCCGGGGAGGCCCUGGUGCACGCGAACCACUACGCGUCGGAGGAGGUGCGCGAGAAGUUGACGGUGCUGGCGGAGGAGCGCACGGCGCUGCUGGAGCUGUGGGAGGCGCGGCGCCAGCUGUACGAGCAGUGCAUGGACCUGCAGCUCUUCUACCGCGACACUGAGCAGGUGGACAACUGGAUGAGCAAGCAGGAGGCGUUCCUGCUGAACGAGGACCGCGGGGACUCCCUGGACAGCGUCGAGGCCCUGCUCAAAAAGCACGAGGACUUUGAGAAGUCGCUGAGCGCCCAGGAGGAGAAGAUCACGGCGCUGGAGGAGUUUGCGACGAAGCUGAUCCAGGCCGGGCACUACGCCCGCGACGACGUGGCGGCCCGGAGGGACGCGCUGGUGGCGCGGCGGAACGCGCUGCACGAGCGUGCGCUGGCGCGCCGCGCCGCCCUGGAGGACUCGUACCGCCUGCAGCAGUUCUGUCGUGACGCCGACGAGCUCAAGAGCUGGAUCAACGAGAAGAUGAAGACGGCCACUGACGAGUCCUACAAGGACCCCACAAAUCUGCAGGGCAAGGUGCAGAAGCACCAGGCGUUUGAGGCGGAGCUGUCGGCCAACCAGAGCCGGCUGGAGGCGCUGCAGCAGGGCGGGCAGGAGCUGGUGGAGGGGCGGCACUACGCGGCGGACGACGUGGCCGAGCGAAUGCGCGAGGUGCAGGAGCUCUGGGCCCGGCUGCAGGACGCCUCCGAGCUCAAAGGCGUGAAGCUGCGUGAAGCCAACCAGCAGCAGCAGUUCAACCGCAACGUGGAGGACAUCGAGCUGUGGCUGUACGAGGUGGAGGGCCACCUGGCCUCCGAGGACCUCGGCAAGGACCUGACCAGCGUGCACAACCUGCAGCGCAAGCACGCGCUGCUCGAGGCCGAUGUAGCGGCGCACCAGGACCGUAUCGACGGAGUGAGCAUCCAGGCGAAGCAGUUCCAGGAGGCGGGUCACUUUGACGCGGACGCCAUCCGCACCAAGCAGGAGGACCUGGUGGGUCGCUACGAGGCCCUGCGCGAGCCAAUGGCCGCGCGCAAGCAGAAGUUGGCCGACUCGCUGCGCCUGCAGCAGCUUUUCCGUGACACCGAGGACGAGGAGACCUGGAUCCGCGAGAAGGAGCCCGUGGCGGCCUCUACCAACCGAGGCAAGGACCUGAUCGGCGUGCAGAACCUGCUCAAGAAGCACCAGGCGCUGCAGGCGGAGAUCGCGGGGCACGAGCCGCGCAUCCGCGCCGUCGAGCAGAAGGGGGGCGCCAUGGUGGACGAGGGCCACUUCGCCAAGGAGGAGAUCGCCGGAAAACUUGAGCAGCUUGGCGAGCGUUGGGACGGGCUCAAGGCCAAGGCUGCCCAGCGGCGCCAGGACCUCGAGGACUCGCUGCAGGCCCAGCAGUACUUCGCCGACGCCAACGCGGCCGAGAGCUGGAUGCGCGAGAAGGAGCCCAUCGUGGGCAGCGCCGACUACGGCAAGGACGAGGACUCCGCCGAGGCCCUGCUGAAGAAGCACGAGGCGCUGAUGUCGGACUUGGUGGCGUACGGCAGCACCAUCCAGGCGCUGCGCGAGCAGGCACAGGCGUGCCGCCAACAAGUGGCACCGCUGGACGACGGCACGGGCAAGGAGCUGGUGCUGGUGCUGUACGACUACCAGGAGAAGAGCCCGCGCGAGGUCACCAUGAAGAAGGGCGACGUCCUCACCCUGCUCAACAGCACCAACAAGGACUGGUGGAAGGUGGAGGUGAACGACCGCCAGGGCUUCGUGCCGGCCGCCUACGUCAAGAAGCUGGACGCUUCGCAGUCGGCGUCCCGCGAGAACCUCCUGGACGAGUCGGGCAGCAUCCCCGCCCGGCAGGAGCAGAUCGACACCCAUGAGUCGUUCACGGCGUACUACAGCCUGGCCGUGGACGUGGGCCCCGACGCGCCAGCCCCGCUGCUCUCGGCCUCCCUGAAGAGCGUUGCGAAGGAGACGGGCAGUGUCUCCCAGCGCAUGCAGCAGAUUCAGGACCUGUACAAGUCGCUGCAGGAGCUGGGCGACAAGCGCAAGGACAUGCUGGAGAAGUGCUGCCGGCGCUUCCUGCUGUCGCGAGAGGCCAAGGAGCUGGAGGCGUGGAUCAGCGAGAAGGAGGGGGCCCUCGCGGCGCACGAGACUGCCGCGGACCUCGAGCAGGUCGAGGUGCUGCAGAAGAAGUUCGACGACUUCCAGAAGGACCUGAAAGCGAACGAGUCGCGUCUGCGUGAGAUCAACCGCGUGUCCGACGAGCUGGAGGCCGACGGGCUCAUGUCCGACGAGGCGCCGCUUGUCCAGGCGCAGGUGCAGCUGCAGGAGGGGGCAUCUCCAGGCUCUGUGAAGGACGAGACCGACACCAAGAUGUCUCCGUGGAAGACGGUGAAGACGGCGGUGCAGUCCGUGGCCACCUUCAACAGCAUCAAGGAGCUGAACGACCGCUGGAAGGCGCUGCAAGACCUCGCUGAGGAACGGUCCCAGAGCCUGGGCAGCGCUCACGAAGUGCAGCGAUUCCACCGGGAUGCGGACGAGACGAUGGAGUGGAUCGAGGAGAAGAACCAGGCGCUCAACACGGACAACUUUGGGCACGACCUGGCGAGCGUGCAGGCGCUGCAGCGCAAGCACGAGGGCUUCGAGCGCGACCUCGCCGCCCUCGGCGACAAGGUGAACUCCCUGGACGAGACGGCGGAUCGGCUGACCCAGAGUCACCCCGAGUCGGCGGGCGACCUGCAGGAGAAGCGCACGGAGCUGAACCAGGCGUGGGGCGCGCUGGUGAAGCGUGCCGACCAGCGCAAGGGGCGACUCAACGACUCGCACGACCUGCAGCGCUUCCUCUCCGACUUCCGGGACCUCAUGUCGUGGAUGAACGGGAUCCGGGGGCUCGUGUCGUCCGAGGAGCUCGCCAAGGACGUGACGGGGGCCGAGGCUCUGCUGGAGCGCCACCAGGAGCACCGCACGGAGAUGGACGCUCGCACCGGCACCUUCCAGGCGUUUGAGCAGUUUGGGCAGCAGCUGCUGGACCGCAACCACUACGCAAGCGCGGAGGUGCGGGACAAGCUGGCGGGCCUGGACCGCGAGCGCUCGGGCCUCGAGAAGGCCUGGGCCACGCGGCGCAUGAUGCUCGACCAGUGCCUGGAGCUGCAGCUGUUCAACCGAGACUGCGAGCAGGCCGAGGGCUGGAUGGCGUCGCGCGAGGCCUUCCUGGCUGUGGACGACAAGGGCGACUCGCUGGACAGCGUCGAGGCGCUCAUCAAGAAGCACGAGGACUUCGACAAGGCCAUCAACGUGCAGGAGGAGAAGAUCGCCGCGCUGCAGUCGUUUGCCGAUGAGCUGAUCUCGUCGGAUCACUACGCCAAGGGCGAGAUCGGACACCGGCGUGACGAGGUGCUCGACCGGUGGCGGCGGCUGAAGGCGCAGAUGAUCGACAAGCGCUCGAAGCUGGGCGAGUCGCAGAACCUGCAGCAGUUCAGCCGCGACGUGGACGAGAUCGAGGCGUGGAUCAGCGAGAAGCUGCAGACGGCCACCGACGAGUCCUACAAGGACCCCACCAACAUCCAGCUGUCCAAGUUGCUGAGCAAGCACCAGAAGCACCAGGCGUUCGAGGCGGAGCUGCAGGCCAACGCCGACCGGAUCCGCGGCGUCGUGGAGACCGGCAAGUCGCUCAUCGGCCACGGCGGCUGCGCUGGCAGCGAGGACGCCGUGCAGAUGCGCAUGAAGACGCUGACGGAGCAGUGGGACUACCUGGUGCGCAAGUCUUCCGAGAAGAGCCAGAAGCUCAAGGAGGCCAACCGGCAGCAGAACUUCAACACCGGCAUCAAGGACUUUGACUUCUGGCUCUCGGAGGUGGAGGCGCUGCUCGCCUCCGAGGAUUAUGGGAAGGACCUGGCGUCCGUGAACAACCUGCUCAAGAAGCACCAGCUGCUGGACACGGACAUCUCGGCACACGGGGACCGGCUCAAGGACCUGAACUCGCAGGCCGAGAGCCUGAUGGCGAGCGACGCGUUCGACCCGGCGGCCGUGCGGGCCAAGCGCGACGCCGUCAACGACCGCUUCGGCCGCGUGGUGGAAGCGGCGCGCGCCCGGCAGGCGCGCCUCGGCGAGUCGCACCGCCUGCACCAGUUCUUCCGUGACCUCGACGACGAGGAGUCCUGGAUCAAAGAGAAGAAGCUGCUGGUGGGCUCUGAGGACUACGGCCGAGACCUCACGGGGGUGCAGAACCUGCGCAAGAAACACAAGCGGCUGGAGGCAGAGCUGGCGGCCCACGAGCCUGCCAUCCAGGCGGUGCAGGAGUCGGGCAAGAAGCUGGUGGCGGAGAACACCAUCGGGAAGGGGGAGAUCGAGCAGAGGCUGCGCCAGUUCGGGGAGCACUGGAGGGAGCUCAAGGAGCACGCCACGGCCAGGGGCCAGCGGCUGGAGGAGUCGCUCGACUACCAGCAGUUCGUGGCCAACGUGGAGGAGGAGGAGGCCUGGAUCAACGAGAAGCUCAACCUGGUCGGCAGCGAGGACUACGGAGACACGCUCGCCGCCGUGCAGGGCCUGCUGAAGAAGCACGAGGCGUUUGAGACGGACUUUGCCGUCCACCGCGACCGCGUCAACGACGUCUGCGCCAGCGGGGACCAGCUCAUCCGCACGAACAACCACCACACCAAGGUGAUUGGCGAGCGCAUGCGGGGCCUACGGGAGCGCGUGGACGGCCUGGCCUCGGCGGCCGCGACGCGCAAGGCCAAGCUGGAGGAGAACUCGGCCUUCCUGCAGUUCAACUGGAAGGCCGACGUCGUCGAGUCCUGGAUCGACGAGAAGGAGAGCAGCCUGAAGACAGACGACUACGGCCGGGACCUCUCCUCCGUGCAGACGCUGCUCACCAAGCAGGAGACGUUCGACGCGGGUCUCCACGCGUUCAACCAGGAGGGCAUCGCCAACAUCACGGCGCUCAAGGACACGCUGCUGGCGGCGCGCCACGUGCAGGCGCGCGCCAUCGAGGCGCGCCACGCCGCCCUCAUCACCCGCUGGAACUCGCUGCUCGCCGCCUCGCAGGCGCGCAAGCAGCGCCUGCUGGAGGCGCAGCUGCACUACCGCAAGGUGGAGGACCUGUUCCUCACCUUCGCCAAGAAGGCGUCGGCGUUCAACAGCUGGUUCGAGAACGCCGAGGAGGACCUCACGGACCCCGUGCGCUGCAACUCGCUCGAGGAGAUCCGCGCCUUGCGGGAGGCGCACGAAGCCUUCAGGGCGUCCCUGAGCCAUGCGGAGGCAGACUUCCUGCAGCUGGGGGAGCUGGACCGGCAGAUCAAGGGUCACCGCGUCUCCUCCAACCCGUACACCUGGUUCACCAUGGAAGCCCUGGAGGAGACCUGGCGGAACCUGCAGAAGAUCAUGAAGGAGCGCGAGCAGGAGCUGCAGAAGGAGCAGCGCCGCCAGGAGGAGAACGACAAACUCCGGCAGGAGUUCGCUCAGCACGCCAACGCCUUCCACCAGUGGCUCACCGAGACCAGGACCUACCUCCUGGACGGGUCGUGCAUGGUGGAGGAGUCCGGCACGCUGGAGUCUCAGCUGGAGGCCACUAAGCGCAAGCACCAGGAGAUCCGCGCCAUGAAGAGCCAGCUGAAGAAGAUCGAAGACCUGGGCGCUGCCAUGGAGGAGGCACUCAUCCUGGACAACAAAUACACGGAGCACAGCACUGUGGGGCUGGCGCAGCAGUGGGACCAGCUGGACCAGCUGGGCAUGCGCAUGCAGCACAACCUGGAGCAGCAGAUACAGGCCCGGAACACGACGGGCGUCACAGAGGAGGCCCUCAAGGACUUCAGCAUGAUGUUCAAGCACUUUGACAAGGACCGCUCGGGCCGCCUCAACCACCAGGAGUUCAAGUCGUGCCUUCGCUCGCUGGGCUACGACCUGCCCAUGGUGGAGGAGGGCGAACCCGACCCGGAGUUCCAGAACAUCCUCAACAUCGUCGACCCCAACCGGGACGGGCAGGUGUCGCUGCAGGAGUACAUGGCGUUCAUGAUCAGCCGCGAGACGGAGAACGUGAAGUCGUCGGACGAGGUGGAGAGCGCCUUCCGGGCUCUCAGCGCCGAGGGGAAGCCCUUCGUCACCAAGGAGGAGCUGUACCAGAACCUCACGCGGGAGCAAGCCGACUACUGCAUCUCGCACAUGAAGCCGUACUGCGACGGCAAGGGUCGCGAGCUGCCCGGCGCCUUUGACUACAUCGAGUUCACGCGCUCGCUCUUCCAAAACUAGCACGGCCACCCCGCCCCCAUCCCCAAUCCCUCCUUGCACUCGCUCACCCCACAGCGCGCUCACGCUCACUCACGCUCACCCCACAGCGCGCUCACUCACGCUCACCCCACAGCGCGCUCACGCUCACUC